AAUUCCUAGCUUGUCAACCUACAUCGGAUUUUUAGAACAUGCUGUUGCCAGAUGCAUAAAAGCUUGUAAUUUUCUCGUGUGGGGCUUCUUCUGAGAGGGUAAUGACAGACAACCAUCGUGGCAAUUAUUUGUCAAAUUAAAUAGAUGCCAUUUUGUUAACCAGUUUCCAUAGCUGGCUAACGUUACUUGUUGCCUCAAACCAAAUUUAGCCAACGUUAAAGUUGCAAAGCUAACGUGCUAGAGUUUUCUACUCCAGCGUCCACUACGCUCCAGGUAAACAGUUUCCUAGUCUAAUGGUUCAGCCCCAGCCGCACGCGGGGAGCACACUGCAGUGGGAGAUGAAUGGAGAGGAGGCGGUGGGCGCCGGAAGCAAUGGGUCACUCGGACCCAGUUCUCAAGGCUCUCUCCGGGUGCCGCCCGAGAUGGCUGGCAAUGAGCUGCUGGUGCAGGUUAUGGACGACAACUACAAGCUUAGAGAGGCCCUGAAGAGGAGCACCUGCUCCCUCCGCGACCGCUGCGGAGAGAUGGAGAGCUGGCAGCGGAAGGCCAAGGAGGAGCGGGAGUUCCUGAGCUGCCGUUUCCGGGAGGCCAAGUCCCUGGUGGAGCGCCUGGCGGAGGAGAACAAGGUGCUGCUCGGCAAGCUCAACCACAACACCACCACCACCACCACCAACGGCAGCAGUGGCCCAGGAAGCCGCACCAAGACCACCCUCGCAGCAGCAGGAAGUCAGGCGGCGGCGGCGGCGGAACAGGAUGCAAAGAACCCACAAGCUGACAGAAACGGCCUGCAGGACGGCUGCUGCUCUCUAGAGUCAGCACAGGACCACUUGGACGCGGAUCGUGACGACCUUGACAUGCGCAGAAGUCUGUAUGAGAGUUACCCCGACAGUAGCCCUGACCGUAGUGGAUUCGAGUUCAGUCUGGAUGACACUCCCCAUCUUCGCAGUGAUAAUGAUGAUGAUGAUGAUAGUAAUAGCAGCAAGCCUGCUGAAGGAUCCAACGAGUUCCUGCAGCUCCUCAAGGCCCACAAACUGGAGUUGGAAGGGAACCUAAGGGAGCUGAGGGGUAAGAAUGCCGAGCUGGAGGCGGAGAAGGUCAAAGGGGACAAGGAGAGGGACAACCUGCGCACCACCGUGGAGCAGCUACAGGCGCGACUCGGCCAGCUCAGCCUGCAGCCGGGCGGGUCUGUGAUGGCUGAGGCAGUUCAAAGGUCAGAUGCUCCACACCCCGUGUCAGAAAGCCCCCAGAUCACCAGGUUGAAAGAAGAGCUCACAGCCACACAGGGCAGGUAUAAAGAGUUGCAGGUGAAGGUGGAUGGCAUGAUGAAGAACUCGGUGCACAGGGACCGCGCCGAGGCCCAGCUCAAACAGAAGGAGAAGGACUGUGCACAGCUGGCCAAGGACAGCGACUCCAUGAAGGCUCAGGUGACGUCUCUACUGGGAGAGCUGCAGGAGAGGCAGACCUGUCUGGAGAAGAGCGAAGAGAAGAGGAGAGAGCUGGAGGAAAAGCUGGGUGGCAAGAUGGAGUCUCUGCAGGGCCUGGAGAGAGACAUAGAGAGGGAGCGACGGCAGCACACUGUCACCGUGGACAAGCUGCUCAUGCAGGUGCAGAACCUGGAGGCCGCGCUCAAGAACGACCGCCUGGUCAUCACAGAGGAGAGGAGGAAGCUAGCUCAACUCCAACACGCAUACACGUGCCUGUUCCAGGACUAUGACGCCAAACUCAAAGCAGAGAGCCAAGCCAAACACAGGUGUGGGGCAAGCGGUGAGGUGGGUGACCUGGCUAACCGGCUGGUGGAGGCGGAGAAGGCUCUGGCCCUGAAGCAGGACCUGAUAGACAAGCUGAAGGAGGAGGUGGAGCAGCAGAGGAGCACGCUGGAGACUGUGCCCGUACUCACCGCACAGGCGGAGAUCUACAAGGCGGACUUCCUUGCGGAGCGGGAGGCUCGAGAGAAGCUGAACCAGACCAAGGAGGAGCUAUCAGAGCUGCUCAACAAGGCCAAGGCCGACAUAGAACGCCUCAAACAGGAGGGAUCCUCACGUGCACAGCUGGAGGCCAUGAAGUACAGACAUCAGCACGUGCCUGCCCCCGCACCCUUCAACCAAGCGCAGCCUCCUCAGGCCUUCCCCCGUGCCGAGGAGCAGCCAGACUACCGCUGCCCCAAGUGUGGCUACCAGGCGCCCGACAUGGACACCUUGCAGAUCCACGUCAUGGACUGCAUCCAGUGAUGGCCUUCUCCUAAACCCCCACCACCACCACCACCACUACCACAGCCCCACAUCAGAGGCUUUUCUUGGGGAUGAGUGGUCGUGAGGGCUCAGGGAGUCUGGUGGCAAUUUGUUGAACUUUGACCUACAGUACAACCAAUCACAGUUUCAGAAAGAAAGAAAGAGAGAGAGCGCGGCUGCUUGUGCCCGUUGACCUUUGGACGCUGUUUGCACACACAAUCUGCCGACCGACAAUGGCGAGGACGACAAUUUAAAGACAAUGUUUUGGAACAUCGACGUUCCCACCAAGUCAUCAAGAUUUCUGUUCAAAAACUAAAACGACGAAAAAACUUUGUAUGUGUGACGAUGCUGUGCGUGUAUUUUAUAUAUAAUAAUAAAUAUAUAAAUUAUGUAAGAUUUACACCCUUACAUAAAAAUACAUAUAUAGAUAUGUAAAUCUUAAAUGACAAUGUAGGAUACUGCCUAUGUGACAGCAUAUUGUAAUGUAAUGCACGUAUGGAUGUGUGUCUGCUUCUCAGCAUAUGUCUGUCUGUGGUCUUAUUUUUUGCCUGUGUUUUUUUUUGUCCAUCUGCAAAGACAUGUUCUUUGAGGAUCUGCGCCGGUCUAUGUGAAUAUUUGUCUAUUAUAUUCAUUAUAUGAAAAGAUGAAAGGCUUUUACUUUGUAUAGACUGUUGUCAUGGCAAGAGGUUUAAGAUAAUAAAUAAGACUGUAAAUAAGAUUUUGUUUUAUUUUGUAUUUUGAAGCCAAUUUAGUUGUGAAGUCAUGAAUGAAUGUGCACCUAUAG